AUGCAGGCCAGGGCCACAUUCUGCACCCUGGAUGAAUGUGUCUGCCGCAGCUACUGUGGGAUGGCCAUCAAUUCCUUCCAUGCAAGUACAUCCAGUGCUCUCCCAGCUGUAGCUCUUGGGACCAGAGCAGACCCAGGGCAAGAGGAGGCAAACAUCCCAAACAGAUUUCUCAGAGGCUUGGUCCGAGUUCCUGCUCUCACACCCCUACUCUACACCUCCGACCCGGGUCUCAGAUUAGCGUCCCAAGAGAUUCCGAUCUUUUCCCAGAUUAAGAUGCCCCUAUCCCCGCACAAUCAGCAGUUUUCCCCCUCACACCUUCCUCCCGCACCUGCGUCCAGACUGGGUCCGCCGAAACGGCCCGCCCCAUCCGGGCAUCUUGGCCUUGCUCCAACCCGACUGGAGCUGCCCGCGCCCGGCGCGGUCCGCGGAGGGCGCUUCUUACAGGCACUUCCGGUCAGCGCAGCCCAGGCCGCAGGAGGGUACGGUACCGGACCCCCUCUCUCCAGUGGGGGCUGGAGAUGGGAGCGCAACUGGGGCUCCGCCGAGGUCUCUGAGGGCACUUCACCGCCGCCCCCGACCCCAGGAACUGCGAAACCCCAAAUCUUCCUGCCCACCGCGGGACGCAGGCCCUGCCCACCCGCUCUCCAGGGACGCGCGCAGAAAGGCAGUCCCAGCCGCCUCCCCGCGCCAGGGUCCGGGCAAGCGUCUGAAAGCCGUGGUUGGGCCGCAGGCUUCAGCCAUCGCCCCUCACGCCCGGUUCUCCCGGGCCACGUUCAUUGCACAGUUUCGAUUUGUUCAGGCCGGGGUCUCCUCUUCUUUCCUCAACAUCUUUUUCUAUGGGCUCCCCGCCUCUGUGUUCCUCCUCAUCCUCUGCUCCAAGGUUUCCGUUUUUUGCACCGGAGGCCGCCCUUCUGCGACCAGCCUUCUCCGGCCACUCGGACUCGGCCUCUGCAGCGGGGUGCACCCGGGCGUCCCUUCGGCUCCCGGCCCUCCCUCUCUCUUCGUCGCCCAGCCCUGCCUCCAACUUUGCGCCCCCGGCUGCCCCGCGCCGCGGCUCAACUGGACAUCCGAACGCUCCGACUGUCCGCUCCCUUCCCCUCCCCCGGCCGACACGUGGGGACCAGCGCUGACCUUGGAUUGAGCUCUGGCCUUCACCCCGGGCCUCCUAACUUCAGGUCCGCCCAAGUGCCCUCCUCUCAGCCGGCGGAGGCUCACAGCUCUAUCAGGAGUAGGGAGGGCUGACCGCAUUGUGGUGCAAAGUGACAAGUCGUGUGUUGACUUGGGGACUGCGAUGACCGGCCACCAGGAAGGGAACCAGGUAUGCUCUGGGGUCCCGGGCGGCGCCCUGGCAGCGGACGUUCCCGCAGGUAGUGCGCGACUUUUCCCCCAGGAAGAAGUCGCUGCUGCCUGCAGGGUGGCCUUGGAGAGGCUCGGGCCUCCAUUGAGACUGCUCACUUCCUUCUCUCCGGGACCACGGCUCUUCAGCUUUUUCCGCCCUAGGCUCCCCCGCGUCCUCAGUUCCCCAUGGGAGAGUUAUUUGAGGGCUCCCCGGAGUUGGGAUUUGGCCCACCAAUCCUAGCAAGUCAAGGCCCGCCCGGCUAGGCGCGGAGAGGCGGCCUCCCUCCCGCUAUCCCGGGUGGGGUAGGGACCCGCUUUCCCCAGAGACCCUCUAGCACCUGAGUGUUGAUGAUCAUUACUUUAAAUUAAAAGUCUCUUUUCUCCUU